UGUUGAAGAAAGCUGUCAAUACUCCUAGGACACACGCUACGCACGAUGCACUGACGCACACACACACACACACACACACACACGCGCGCGCGCGCGCGCUUCUUUUCCGGCCCGAUUUCGGGUCAUUGGUGUGUACACGUGCAAGUGGAAUCAUGUCUGCAUACCGCUGUCGGAGAAAACGGAGAAAAUAGAAGAUCCACCGAGUUUAGUUGGAAGUCUCAUGGUCCACAUGAAGGAGAUUAAGAUCGGAGGAUGCGCAUGUGUGUUGGUGUUGCUCUUUUCCGGGCUUGUCGCCUGCUCUGGUGUGUUUGGAAGUCCUUUGACUGACGAUGUGGCCACACUAGACACACUGAGAGAAAACAUUCCCAAGGAUUACAAAAUUCGUGUUCGUUACAUUUCCAAAGACGUGGGAGGGAUGUGCUGGGUUCACCUGAACCUGUAUCCAGCAGAGAGCAGUUUGAAAAACUUAGCCCUGAAGUUUGGCAACGUUUCAUCCAACAGAGAAAAUAUUACUAUCUUCAUCACCAUGCUGCAAGGACUUCGCGUCACCAUUGAUAACGAGGAGUUGGAGUCAACAAUGCAGGCCUUUAAGUGUCAUUAUCGGAGUGCACGAUGGUCCACCAGACGCUAUUUCGACCACAUCAAAGAGGUUCUUGUAACAUUUGCCUCCACACCCCACCAGUUUUACUGUACUCCUCCUCCAUGUCCCACUCCUACUGCACCUGUAGUUACAUCAGAUCGGCGUGUGAUUGACCGAGCGGUCCCAGGUGUUCUAGCGUUACUCGUCAUUCCCUGUCUUGCUGCACUUGCGCUCAUUCUCAGAACAGUGCUUCGUCGAAAAAUGUGCUGUGUGGAAAGGAGACAUGAAGAGAGCGAUGACGUGGCGAGACAAAGUGACCCUGACGCCAGUAUAGAUGCGUCACACAAUGACAGUCAAUCAUGUUUCUUAAAUAACCAAUACAGGGUGCAGCAGGUUGAGGACACUGGCGUUUAAUCCGGCGCACCUAAAGUAUUCGAUGGCAUUCUCUGGAUAUAUGAAGUACAUAAUGAAGGGCGUUGAACAGAAUCCCAGGAUCAACUGCUCUUACCAACCCUCUUUGUUGGCUGAAGAGUUAAACAUUAAACAGUUAGCCAUGCAUUUGAUGAAUACCCAACGAAUGACCUCACUUGCAAGAAUCCUAACAUCUUCCGCCCCCAGCAUCGGACUCUCCAGCUGCCCAAUAGUUAGUAAAUCACUGUGCUUCUUCUGGAUUGCACAAACAAGAAGGCAUCCUUGAAAACAGCCUGGUGGAACGCUUUGGUGAUUUAGUGGUUUGGCCGGAACAGGAAGCACAGCUCUUUUGAAGAAGUGGCCACAGCAGAGGCGUAACCGCUGCGAUGCCUGCGGCAGGUCCAUGUCUUUGAGGCUGACUGCUGGUGCUGCAGGCCUCAUUUCAGAGGACAAAUGGCUUUUUUGUGUUGUAUUGCCGAGGCUUCCUCCGUGGUGCAGCGCAGCACUGUGGCAGAACAGUGGGCGUACUUGUAGUGGCGGUAUGCACAGUUAGGAGCACUGGAUGGCGGAUGAAAGAUCCAUUGCAGAUUGCAGUUCAUUCAUCGCAUUUUAGGAUUUCUGUGAGGACAGGGCAGAGUGCCAUCAAAUGUGGGCGUGAGAGGUACAACGGUGGUAACGGUUGCAUUGUUUAUUACAGGAGUGUGUUUGUUUGUGGGGGAAGCAUGGUAAGAGGCAUCACACUCAUGUUAUUAAAGCCAAGGUCAUCUUGUACGAGGGAUGUAUUGUUUCUGGUGGUCAUAUUGAAAUGCAACAAUUGUAUGAGCUGGCCCACUCCAAAAGUACAUUCUUUUCAAAUCGGAAAAAAACAAAGCCAGCCCACUCUUACCACUUAAUCUGGUGCUAAAAUUCCUGUGGUAUGGCAGUAAUCCAAACUCAUCCAAAUCUAGUGGCCAGAACACAACAGCUCCACGUUGAUUAGACUGUAUGCUUAAAGCCGGGCCACUUUUGGUCCAAAAUUAAAAGAAAGGAAAAAAAAAGCAGCACAAGUAUUAGUUGAAUUACGGCCAUUUUUGGUUCAGAUUCCAGAUGAUGACAUGAAAAAAGAAAACCUUAUGGCUGCUUACCACUGGUCAACUUUUUGUCUACAAUGCAUUUGCCAUUGCUAUAACUGGUUCGUAUGUGCUUAAACUUCAGCAAAUCAACACAAAUAGUCAAGGGCAAGUGUUGAUAAAGCAGCUUAUUAGUUGCACAGUAAAUCACAAGCAAAAUCCCCUUCACGUUGGCUUUACACUGUAUGAUUUUUGCUAACCCCCGAUUUAUUUUUUCCUGUCGCUGACAAAAAUCAAACAUCAUAAUAGAAUUCUUUGGUCAGGAAUUGAGCUCGUUGGUCAUAGAAGAUCCAGAGGCCGAUUGAGUGCCAUUGCGACAGUAUCGGAAAUUGUUUUAGUAAAAUCUUAGAGUGUAAGUGCCGCUACGAUAUUUAUGUAAAAACCACCAAUAUGAGGACGGCACAGGAUUACGCAAAACUCACGGGACAGCAAUGGCAAAAUGUCAACAAAACAUUUGACAACUAACCGACAGAAAAUAAUGUCUUUAUUACCUCAAGCUCAUGUCGAAGAAUGUUUCUGUUUAUACGAGUCCAUUUUCUGCAUGAGCUCAGAUUGAUGAUGUAAGCAUCGACGUGGGCUCGUACAGUAAUUUCCUUUAGAAGGGAUCUUCAUCGUAUAAUCUGAUUUGUACUGGGGUCAUCUUAUACGGUGUGACAAUAAUAAUCUUAAAAAAAAGACCGCUGUGCUCUCACAGAGUAAAAAGUCGUAACUCUGUCACUAAUAAACACACUGAUCUCUACAGCAGGAGGAGAAAGAGCUGACUGUUUUCAUGACAAUAAGCAGAGAGUCAAAGUGCAUGAGAAUUGAGGCCACAUGAUGGAUCUGAGUCACAUCCCAUAAUUCGAUUCUCACUUUGUGUGUCUGUUUCACUUGGCUUCUGAAGAUGGGUUUAUCCAUGCAGCUGCCCUGGACUACGGCGUACAGUACGUCUGGGCUGAAGUCAAUAACACAGGACUCUCUAUUGAAAAUUCUUCGUAGCCCAGAGUGAUGAACUGUACGCUGUAGAGUUAGCGAUAUCAAAUGUCCAUCAUCUUUCCAAACACUGUGCUGAGCAGUUUGGUCCCUGACUCAGUGUGAGUGCCAGUAUUAGAAAGGGCCAUUUUCUGCCCAUUCAGGUUUAGGUGGAGGAAGUCUGAAGCGCUUUUGUCCCACAGAACUCAUCAACUCCCUCUCUCUCAAAUUAACAAUGCGACUGCUGUCCACUAUUGUCAUAAAGCGUGACCUCCGGCUCGCGAUAUAUGAGGUCAGUAAUGGCAGACUGGCUAUCAUCAACCGCGGAGGGGCUUCAACAAAGACGUCUCUCAUGCGUCCACAGACACACCGCUUUUUAUGGUGUUAUUAGUCAUACUCCGGUCUAAGCCCACUCUCUGCACACCAACUCAGAUCUGAACAGCACAACUACACAAGACACACAUAUAGCCUGUGCACUUACAAGCCAGACACCGCUGAUCAACACCAUAUGAUUCUAGCAUCAUCCAAACACUUCCUGAGUCAGACUGUAGCACCGAGUGGGGGAAUAACUCCUGUGACUCACAAAUGUGUCUGUUUGAUGUCACAACAAGAUCAAAAUAUCCUGUCAAAGUUGUAAGCCAGCCAAAGGGUACGUGGCAUAUGAUGUUUUUUGGGGGUUUUUUGUGUAUAAUUUAUUUAUUGGUCACAAUGACAGAAGUAAAGGUGAUUCAUAUGACUUAUAUGGCUAUUUUCCAACUUUAACUCCAUAAACAGUAUUUAUUUUCUUUCCAACUUACUUGACCAGUAAAACUUGAUCCUGCUGAAUUUCUCAUUUCACAGUAUAUACCUGUAUAAUCUACAGAGCUGGAUUCAUUCAUCAGUAAGCUAACCAGUUUUAUUUUUCAGCUGGAAUUCAAAGCAACUAAAGUAAUGUAAAAUGGACCCAAAAGCUAGUUUGUUAUCCCACUAAUUCAUCUUCAUAUGCCUUACAUGUCAAUAAGCAAAUGCUGUUAUACUGUACGUUACAGACUUUUAUAAAACUCAUUAUACAGUAUUAUAAAUAAAAUACCAAGUUGAAAACAAAAAGGUUUUUAUUUUUUUAUUUAUUUAUAUUUUUUGCAUACCUAAUGAUCAGUCAAUGAAAUGAAAACUAAAUUCCUGCUUCUGUGGAGAAAACUCUCCAAAGGUAUGAAAAAUAUCAGGACCAGAUGGCUUGAAGAUGAGAUCAUAAAAACAAACGUGUUGCAUCUAUUAUAUAUGAAAUAAAGAAUUCGAUCACAUAAUGUAUACGGUUAACCCUAGAACUAUUGACACCCUCUUGAAAAUGAGUAGAUUUUGAUAUAUAAAGUGAAUUUAAUGGACGGUGUUAUCCAGUGCCACUUACAGAAAUACACUGAAGAUUGAAGUCUCUCUCAAAUGACAUGCUACAUCCUGACACUAGUACUCUAUAGUCUAGGAAUACCAUAAUGCUAAAACCCUGUUACGUAGAUGUUAAUGUAAGAGUUUGUACAGCAAAGAAAACAAUGCAUGUUUUUAACCAUAUAAUAAGUGCAAUCGUAUUUGG